AUGGUGGGACUUCUACAGCUUCCUAACGAGCUGCUGGCUAUCAUAUUUGGCGGGCUAGACGCCCAAGGCUUCUCCGCCCUCCGGUUGACGUCCAAAUAUACAAAAUCAGCCACGUUGCCAGCUUUCAUCAGCCGGUACUUCCAGACGCGCUACGUAAUGCUCUCAAGACUCAGCCUCGAAAACCUCGUGGAGAUUGCGCGACAUCCAGACUUUGGCCCUGCUGUGAAAACACUCGAACUCUGUACGGAUCAUUUCGUGGAGUUCCCAAAUUCAUACUUUCAUACUGCACGGCAUGAAGGCGACAUAUUACUGGCCAUAGAAGAAGGUCGAUUCCCUCCCGCAGCUUUAGUGGGCAGCAUAGAUGAUGCACACUCAUCCGGCGAGGAGGAGGACCAAAGCCCUGGAGAGGAAGGCCGGGGAACCGAUGAAGGGAGUGUCUCGUCUCAGGCCUCGUAUGAGACGCGUUUGGAUAAGGUGGCUUAUACGUCACUGUGGGAAGAGCAGGAACACAUAAUCAUGUCCGGCCUUGCGCAGGCCUACAUCACGCAGGCGUUGAUUUCUCUUCCCAACAUCGAGGCUGCCGUCAUUAGUAACAUGCACCGGCCCUGGGGUGCACUAGCGCAUGGCCGACAAACAGGUCUACCGCCAACAACCGCCCUAGACGAUUACAUGGAAGUGAAGUUUCUGGGCCAAGUCCUUCGCAUCACCCUUACAGCCAUCGCUACAAGUGGUGCCGCUCUUAGCAGCCUUGCCAUCACAGCUGGUGUCCUCUCUAGGGAAGCGAUUGCGCCAGACAUUCUUAGACCCUCGGAGUCGCAUUUCCAAUACUACAAGAACCUCCCUCCAAGCCUCACGGAGCUCACACUAAAUGUAUCCGCCGAGGCAACGAGGGGCGCUGAGGACCGAUGGGCGGACGACUUAUCAGCAUUUAUCGGUGUGUUUCGACAACUCACACAACUGGAUCUGGUCAUCACACCCGUCGACUACUGCCCACGGGUUGACCGGUUAAAACAGCUCGCACCGAAGCUUCAAAUACCGAAUCUACAAUGCCUAGGGCUCUAUAGGGCAUAUUGUAGCGUACAGGAUCUUGGGGCUUUUAUCGUGAGGCACAAAGCAACACUCCAAAGCGUUACUUUGGUCCGAGUAGGAGUUUCGGGUGGAAUUGGCCACUGGAGGUCUUUGUUCGCUCUAAUUCGUGCUCAUCUCCCAAGGCUUGAGUUAUCUAUUAAAUUAUGCACUGCAGCGGGGCUUGUCCUAUUGUGCCGAGCGGAACACGAAAAUGGAGAGGAAUUUGAAGAUUCUUUUGAUGUCGGGGGCAGUCACGAAGCCUGGACAACGGCAAUCGAGAUGAUAGAAACAAGAUAG